UCCAGCCCAGCUGCACACAACUUGCAGAUACUUGCACCGCACACUCAGAGGCAGGACUGUGAAAAAACAAGCUUACUAAAAGGAUUUUGUUCAUCAGUCCAGCCAUGAUUUUUCAGUAUUUAUUGGAACUUAACUUUUCUAGCUGGCUGAUAGGACUUUUUCUUGUUCUGCUGCUUAUUGAUAUCAUCAAAAAUAAAAAUCCUCCCAGCUUUCCUCCAGGACCCCGACCUCUGCCCUUUGUAGGAAAUAUCUUUACAGGGCCGGACUUCAGAUCUAUAGACAAGCUUUCUGAGGAGUACGGGGAGGUUUUCAGUCUGAGAUGGGGCAGCGAGAAAGUAGUGUUCAUCUCUGGAUACAAAAUGGUGAAGGAGGCUCUCGUCACUCAGCUGGACAGCUUUAUUGAUCGUCCUGUUGUUCCCCUUUUUCACAAAGUCUUCAAAGGAAUUGGUGUGGCCCUCAGUAAUGGGUACAUGUGGAAGAUGCAGAGGAAGUUUGCCAACACUCACCUGCGCCAUUUUGGUGAGGCAAAGAAGAACCUUGAGCUGAGCAUCCAACAGGAGACCACGUUCCUGUGUGAUGCUUUCAGAGAUGAAAAGGGUCCUUUUGACCCUCAGUACUACUUGAACAACGCUGUGUCAAAUAUCAUCUCUGCUCUAGUAUUUGGACAUCGCUUCGAAUACCAUGAUGAGCGUUUCCUUACUAUCUUGCGUUUGGAUGCUGAAGCCAUCUUAUUGGCUGGUUCUGCUCAGUCUCAGCUAUACAAUGCCUUCCCUGGUCUCUUUGAGUAUCUUCCUGGCCCUCACCAGAAGAUUUUUGCCAACUACGCGAAGAUUGUAGCGUUCCUAAAAGAUGAGGUCAGAAAACACCAGGAAGACUUGGAUCCUACAGACCCAAGAGAUUACAUAGAUGCCUACCUGCUGGAAAUGGAGAAGAAAAACAGUGAUCCUGAGGCCGGCUUUAACAUUGAGUCUUUAGUAGUGGCCACACUGGACAUGUUUGAGGCGGGGACAGAAACUGCAGCCACUACAUUACGAUGGGGUCUUCUCUAUAUGAUGAAAUACCCUGAGAUACAGAAAAAAGUGCAGGAGGAGAUCGACAGAGUGAUCGGACAGUCACGUCAACCCUGCAUGGCCGACAAACCCAACAUGCCCUACACUGAAGCUGUCGUCCACGAGAUGCAAAGAGUAGGAAAUGUUGUUCCACUGGGUUUCCCUAAAAAAGCCAUUAAAGAUACAACGCUGGGAGGAUACUUCAUUCCAAAGGGCACUACGGUGAAUACUAACCUGUCAUCUGUACUUAAUGAUAAGACCGAGUGGAAAACACCCGACACCUUCAACCCAGAACACUUCCUGGACGAUCAGGGACAGUUCCGCAAGAGAGACGCCUUUCUGCCCUUCUCAGCAGGUAGGAGAGUGUGUGUAGGGGAAUCUCUGGCCCGCAUGGAGCUCUUCUUGUUCUUUACCUCCCUGCUGCAAAAUUUUACCUUCACCCCAGGCCCAGGAAAGGAGCUGACACUAGAGGGCCAGAUGGGCUUCACAUAUGCGCCCAGUCCCUACAGCAUGUGUGUGAAUCCACGCUGAGAAAAAAAGUGGUUAAGAUUAAGCUGUACAAUUAUUAACUUCAAUAUUAUAUCCAUAUGUGUGCUUAUUUGUUAUGGUAUUACUUUACUUGAAUGGUUCAAUAUAGAUACCUCAUAGAUGCUCAACAAACUUUCAACAAUUUUUUUAUUGAAUAUCUAUUAAAAGCAUCUGAACUCUCAAAUGAAUGCAAAUGAUUCUCAUUUAAACCUAACCUUAAACCGUAAACAAUAAAUAUCUAUUCCUAACUCUACUAUUAGUCUAAAUCUUAAAGGUUUAGGUCUAGGGUUAGGGUAUAGAGAAUAGAGAGAAAAAUAGAAAAAUUCAAUUAAGUUUAAUGGACAUUUAGUUGAAUGUUGGUUAAUUAUUUAUGAGGUAUAAACAAAAGACCAUCCAGGUACAGAAUAAACAUUGUUCUUAAUUAACUGCUUUAGACUCUUUUUAGGUUAUUGCAUGCCAUCGAUUAAAUUCAUGCCACUAUGUAAACAGUAUUUUGGCUCAUGCUAUGCUAUGGUCUACAAACACGUUGCACAUAAAGACACUGUGAUCUAUUUAAUGAAGAGUAGUUACAUUACUGUAGAAGCAAAUUUGCAUGUACACAGGAUAUUACAUUAAAAUGUACUCCUUGCUCUGCUCUGUGUGUGUGUGUAUAAAAUAAUCAUAUAUAUUAAAAACACUGUUUCAUACUGA